CAGUCUCCAAAUCACUCCUGGAAGACAGCGGCGGGAGGCACACGGCCAGCUCCUCGAGGCGCGGAGAGAUGCUGGACGCUGGGGACCAAAGCCUGCCCUGCGCUUAGGCCUCCUCCAGCCGAUGCUGCCAGGGAUCACUGACCUGCUGGCCGCCAGGGCCCGAUCCCGGGAGGCCCUCCUCCUGACUUGCCGACGUCACUCAGCUCCAGGCUGCAGAGAAUUCGGGAAGGUCGCAGAGCCAACAUGGAUCCCAACAGCGAUCAACCCCUGAACAGCCUUGAUGUCACCCCCCUGCGCAAAUCCCGCACCUCCCUGGAGACCUUCAGAAAGGUGGGGAUCCCCAUCAUCGCAGCGUUGGUGAGCCUGCUGACCAUCAUAGCCGUGGCUGUCCUCAUCAAGGUGCUUCUGGACAAUUACUUCCUCUGUGGGCAGCCCCUCCACUUCAUCCCGAGGGAGCAAGUGUGUGAUGGCCAGCAGGACUGUGCCUCAGGGGAGGAUGAGCAGCACUGUGUCAAGGAAUUCCCCGAUGGGCCUCCAGUGACAGUCCGCCUCUCCAGGGACCGAUCCACCCUGCAGGUGCUGAACCUGGCCACAAAGAACUGGGCCUCCGCCUGUUUCGACAACUUCACAGAAGCUCUGGCCAAAACAGCCUGUGGGCAGAUGGGCUAUGACAGCAGCAAACCCAUCUUCAGAGCCGUGGAGAUUGGCCCAGCCCAAGACCUGGAUGUUGUCAAAAUCACAGAGAACAUGCAAGAGCUUCAGGUGCGAAACUCAAGCGGCCCCUGUCUCUCAGGCUCCCUGGUUUCCCUGCAGUGCAUUGCCUGCGGAAAGAGCCUGAAGGUCCCUCGGGUGGUGGGUGGGGAGACGGCCUCUGUGGAUUCUUGGCCUUGGCAGGUCAGCAUCCAGUAUGACAAACAGCACAUCUGUGGAGGGAGCAUCCUGGACCCGCACUGGAUCCUCACGGCAGCCCACUGCUUCAAGAAGCAUCUCGAUGUGUCCAACUGGAAGGUGAUGGCAGGCUCAGACAAACUGGGCAACUUCCCAUCCCUGCCUGUGGCCAAGAUCUUCAUCAUCGAGCCAAACAUCACGUCCCGCAAAGAGCGGGACAUGGCCCUCGUGAAGCUGCAGCUCCCACUCACGUUCUCCGACACAGUCAGGCCCAUCUGCCUGCCCUUCUCUGAUGAGGAGCUCCCUCCAGCCACCCCACUCUGGAUCAUCGGAUGGGGCUAUACAGCAGAGAACGGAGGGAAGAUAUCUGACAUACUGCUGCAGGCAUCUGUCCAGCUCAUUGACAGCACUCGGUGCAAUGCAGAGGAUGCGUACCAGGGGGAGGUCACCAAGAAGAUGCUGUGUGCAGGCAUCCUGGAGGGCGGUGUGGACACCUGCCAGGGUGACAGCGGUGGGCCUCUGAUGUAUCGCUCUGACCGGUGGCAAGUAGUGGGCAUCGUGAGCUGGGGCUAUGGCUGUGGGGAGCCGAGCACCCCGGGAGUGUACACCAAGACCACAGCCUAUCUCAACUGGAUCUACAAUGUCCGGAAGAAGGAGACUAUCAGACAUUUUCCAGAGAACUGAUUCUGACAAGAAGUCUGAUCCAUGAUGCUGCUGCUGCCCCCCUGCAGUGCUGGAAACUGCUUCCCCCCGCCCCACCCUGUCCACCUGGGGAUCCCCCAGAAGUCAGGCACAGAGCAAGAGCCCCCUUGGACACACACCUCUGCCCACACCCUCAGCAUAUCUUGGUACAGCAAAGGACCUCCAUUCCUAUAAGAGACCCCACAGCCCACAGGCACCCAGGAAGUCAGCAGCCCCAGCUCAGCUGCCUCUCAUGCUCCCAGCAUCCCAAGGUGGGAGAGACACAGCCCACUGAACAAGCCAGCUUCCAGGCUGAGGUCCCAGAAGGCAUUGCUAAGCCAGGAAAGAACUUUCUACUCUACUGAAUGGAAACCGAUGCUCUUCUGAGAGCCCAGAUCAAUAAUUGAAAUCCUCAAAGGCCAAAAACAUCAAAAUAAAAUAAAACAAAACCAUCAGAAUUGUGAGCUGAAACUAAGGUGGAUAUCUGGGAGCAAUGGCUAACCAAUAUCUUCGGUUGCCCUGGGACACAGACCUACACUAAGGCUGAGAUCACAACUAAACCCAGACUCACUGCAGGUAGGGAAGCUGCACCUGGGAUUCCCACAUGGAACAGAGACCAUUGAAUGGGGUAAAUGUGAUCCCAGGUGGCAGAUCUAAUGAAGGAUGAAAACAUCCCACAUUUAGAGCCUCGGGAUUCCCAGACAGAGAUCCUCCAAACGUGAGCUCACAAAGAUUGGCCAACAUUUUAAAAAAUAAAAACCACCAUGGUUUUCCGUUUUCAAAAACAGAAAAUAGAACCUCAAGGACUUCAGGUGUUAGAAUUAUCUAUAAUAAGAACUAAUAGAGUAUUUCUAUGUACGGUACACGAUUCUAAGUGCCUCAUCAUGUAUGGAGUCACUUAAUACUCACACAAACCUAUGAGAUAGGUACUGUUCUUAUCCCCAUUUUAAGGAUAAGAAAACUAAGCAAAAUGAGAUUUAGGACCUUGCCUGAGGUUACAUACUGGUAAGUUGAACAUGAGCAUUCUGACUCCAGAGUUCAUGCUAUAAACUACCACACAUUCACAUUGUUGUACAUCUGUCACCACCAUUCAUCUCCAGAAUAGUUUUCACCUUGCCAAACUGACACUCUGUACCUAUUAAAUAAUAACCCUAUUUCUCCCAUA